AUGUUAAUCCUGCUUGCUGCCUCUUUUAUAACAAACUUAAUAGCAUAUUGGAUCUUUAUGUACCCAAAUCUCAGCAUUAUUGUAAUAAUUCGUUUCCACCAUGGUUCACUUGUAGUAUUAUUAGAAGAAUCAAGCGAAAAUGGAGACUAUGACUAUAAAUCCCACAAAAACCAACUAAAUCUACAGCAUUUUAAAACUAUUCGUAACGAGCUUAAACAUGACAUCAAAAUCGCGUAUCAGUUGUAUACUCAAAAUCUGGAAGCCACUAUUAAGACCGAUCCAAAAAAAUUCUGGGCGCAUAUUAGUCGUCUGAAAAUGCGUUCUGGUAUACCUUCUGAAAUGAUUUAUUUGGAUAAUAUUUUGCGUAAUCCCAAAGACAUUGUAAAUGCCUUUAUGGAACACUUUCACUCCAGUUAUUCGGAUUUUAGUCCAAGUUCUAUUGAUGAGUUUAUUGAUGAGUCCAGCAAUAAUUCCAUUAAUUUUAUUUCGGUUACGGAAUCCAACGUCUUUGAAACCUUGAUGACUAUCAAACCUAAUAUGACUAGUGGCCAUGAUAAUAUACCAGGUUUUUUAUUCCAUGACUGUGCCUCAGUGUUUUCUUAUCCUUUAUCAAUUAUAUUCAAUAUUAUUUUGAAAACUGUAUCGUUCCCAGACGUCUGGAAAUUAUCUGUGAUCUCACCAAUUUUUAAGAAAGGGGAGAGACAUUUAAUAGAAAAUUACCUACCCAUCUCAUUGAUUUGCAAUUUUUCAAAGAUUUUUGAGAUGAUUCUUCAUAAAUUUCUCUCAUUUAAUGUGCACAAUUGGUUAACGGAAUCCCAACAUGGAUUCAUAAGUGGUCGUCCUACUGUAACGAAUUUGAGUUGUUUCACCCAAUUCGUAGCCAAUAGUUUCGAUGCUAAACAGCAGGUGGACGUGAUAUAUACUGAUUUUUCCAGGCCGUUUGACAAACUCAACCACAGAAUUCUACUGAUAAAAUGA